CGCCGGUCUUAGCGCCCUGCUCCUACGUGUGAUUGGCAGCUGGGUUGCCUAGGUGACGGCAGGGGGUGGGCCCGGUAACCGGGGAGCUGUUGUGGGUGCUGGAUGGAAGUAACGGCAGAAAGUGGCGCUGCGGCAGGGUGAGCGCGGCGACAUUACGGUGCCAUGUACUGCGGCUCAGCACUGCGGGUGACUUCAAAAUAUGAAUAAAACUGGCUCUUCGGAUCUUGCACUGAAAAUGCCUGCAGCAGAGAGUGAGGCAAAAGCACGAACAAAGGCACAUUUUGAUGAGAUCUUCCAGAGAUAUGUUGCCCUAUCAGAAAUAAAAAAAAAAUCCAAGAAGAGACCGCCUCCACAGGAACAUGUACUUGAAACAUUCAACAAUCAACUCCAUCUUGCCAAAGAUACUGCACACGAAGCAUUAACAAACAACACAUACAACACAGCAGAGGAAAGUCCGAUGUUUACAAAUAAUAAAUUGAGUGAGCAAAUCCAGGGAAGUCAAAAAGAAAGUAAUGUCACCUUUAUAGAGCACAAAGAACCAAGGGCUGAAAAGAGGAGGAAAAAGAGACUUCAAGAGAUUCAAAGACCUAACCCUACUGAACCCCAGAAGUUGGACAACAGCAACACUUCAUAUCUCGAAGGACAGCAAUUAAAAAGUGUUACAAAGAAGAUUAGAACGAUCUUAACCGAAGAGAGUAGCCCAGCUGAUUUUGAUGAUGAAGACCAACUCAUUGAAGCUUACAGACUACAAGUAUCUCAGGAGGAAACAAAUGAAAUCAAAGAGAAGAUAAAAAAGAAACUAAAGGCUCAUCUCUCUGAACAUUUUAGCAAAGAUGAGAAUGAGUAUGCUUUAUUGAACAAUGAUAAAGAGAAAAAGAAAAGGAAAAAAAAAAGGGAUUUAGUAAAAUUGGAAGCGGAAACAAGUGUUAUGUCUCUCUCUGAACUGCAAGCCCCUCCAGCAGAAAUACGUGACCAGUCUCCGUCACAAGCAUUUCUAAAUAAUACUGUAAAACAGGAAGAUGAUCUCCCUAGAGUUAAAGGCAAGAAGACUAAGAAAACAGCCAGAGCAGAUGACGUCACAAAGGCUGAUGCAGGAGAGGAUGGUGAAAAUAGAAGCAUUGCUAGACAUGUAUAUGAUGACAGCUUGAUGUUAGGAGUUCACAUCCAUCGCGCUGAUAAAUUAAAAACCAACAUCAUGACAUCAAGGCCAAUGGUUAAGAUUCAUAUCAUGGAUCAGCAAACAGGAGACUAUGUCAAGAAAGAGAACAGUACUGAUGCUGCUUCAUCAUUUUCUGAGCAAGGGAGACAUGAGUGUGUUCUUCCUAAAUUGACCCAACCAUAUGAAUUCAAGCGGUUUAAAACUUUGGUUCCUGAGUGGGAAGAACAAAUCAUAUUUAAUGAACGGUUUACACGUUUUUUGAACAUGAAGGAAGAUGGUCCUAAUGUCAUCAUAUUCUUUGAGAUUCUUGAUUUGAUAAAUGAAGAUAAUACAAUCACAAACACAGAUAAUCAAAUCAAAGAGAGAGGAUUCCAGACUAUUGCCUGGGCAUUUUUAAAGCUUGUAGGUGCCAAUGAUGUGCUCAAUGUAGAUAAAAAGUUGCGCUUACAGCUUUAUUACCCACCAGCCCGUGUAACUUUCAGCACAAAUGUCUAUGAAUGGUGGCUAAAGUAUUCCAGAAAUCGUUACUCAUCUACUUUGUAUGUAACCAUAAAAGGCCUAAAGCUCCCUGAUAAUGUAAAUAUCAUUUCUGAUAUGGGAAGCAGAAACACUGACUUACAGAAUGAAGAUACUCUGAAAGACUCUGAAUCAAAUGAAUUUAAGCAGAGAAAGGAACAUUUUCAGUGGACUCGGCUGCCUGGACAGGCUUGUCGUAUUCCUAACAGACGCUUUUUGUCUCUGCAAGCCGGGCAAAUGGGAUGUUUCUCUGUGCGUUUCGCUCAUGAUGGUAGAACGUUGGCUGCAGCAUGUGCAGACAGGGAUGGUUAUCCAGUGUACUUGUAUGAAAUUCCCUCUGGACAGUAUCUCAGAGAGCUUCAUGGUCACCUUAGUUCUGUAUAUGACCUGUGUUGGUCCAAGGAUGAUGAGCACUUACUUUCCGCUUCUUCUGAUUGUACAGUGAGAUUGUGGAGAAUUGGGAAUGGAUCUUCAUCUGCUUCAAAAGUGUUACCUCAUCCUUCAUUUGUAUACACAGCUAAGUUGCAUCCAAUGUCUGAUUAUCUGGCAGUGACUGGAUGCUACGAUGCUGUAAUUAGAGUGUGGAAUGUGAAAGUGAAGGAAAUUAAUGGCCAGCUUGUUCAAGAGUUUGAUGGCCAUAAAAGUUUCAUCAAUUCACUGUGUUUUGAUGCAGACGGAAAGUACAUGUUUUCUGGAGACAGUUCUGGACUGAUAAUUAUGUGGAAUACAGAGAUCAGCAGAAGCUCACAACAAAAUCCAGUUGAGCUCUGGACUGUUUUGAAGGAAGUAAAGGAAAGCGAUAUGAAAGGAAUUGCAGUGAAUCACUUGCAGGUUCAUCCAAAUGGAAGACGUUUGUUAAUUCACACAAAAGAUAGCACACUGAGGAUUAUGGACCUUAGAAUAUUAGCUGCAAAAAAAUAUAUUGGAGCCACGAAUUACAGGGACAAACUCCACAGCUCUUUUACACCAUGUGGAACAUUUGUCAUGGCAGGUAGUGAAGAUGGGGUAGCAUAUGUUUGGAAUGCUGAAACAGGAGAUCAAGUAGCAAAGUACUCAGAGCUAUCAUAUACAGCCCCCCUACGGGAUGUAGCUUUUCAUCCACAUGAACACAUGGUCGCAUUUUGUGCCUUUGGACAAAGCCAACCAAUUCUUAUAUAUAUCUAUGACGUCAAAGUUGCCCAACUUGAAGCAGAAUCUGUUCAAACUUCCAGUGAUGUCAGUGAUCCAGUGCACAGUGAUAGUCUCACAUUCCAAGCCUCUGCCAUUGCUGCAAGAUCAUCAAUGCGGCUGAUGAAAGUGAAACAGAAAUUGGAUUCAGUUCUGACUGGAUCUAAUGUCUUACAACCAGCUCCAUCAUUGUUGUCACCUCAUGCUAAGCUCAGGCUUACAGGAGCACCGAGCCCGCAGCUGCAGACAAGUGGUACCAGUCCAUUAGGUGGUUUUAGCCCAGUUGGACUAACAGUUGGUAGAACACCAUCAAUCAGACUGCAAAUGGAUAACACAGAAACAAAGGUUUCCUCACUGACAAUAGAAGCUGACCGUGUGCUACCAAUCCAGGAGACAGUGGUGGCUCUGUAUGACUACACUGCGCAUCGGUCAGAUGAGCUAAGCAUCCAUCGCAGUGACAUUAUCCAUGUGCUGUACAAAGAUAAUGACAAUUGGUGGUUUGGCAGUAUACAGAAUGGACAACAGGGUUAUUUUCCAGCAAAUUAUGUGGCUGCUGAAUACCACAAUGAGGAUGAUAACCCUUCAGCAUCUAAGUCACAGUAUUUUGGUUCCCGUUCCCUGGAACAUUCUCAAGCUGAACAGUCUGAACAUAGUCCCCACUGGAUGUCGGCAGUCCCCAGCAAGUCAAAGGAUCAGAAAUUGAUGUCACAGCAUGACACAGAUGUUGGCUCACCUGUGCCACCAGGGAAAAUACAGAAGAUAUGGCAGAUGACAGAACCACCUGACAUAAGUUCCCCACGAGUGGCCCUUCAAACAGGACCCUCCACAUCUGUGGAGUCAGGGUUGAAUAAGCAAGAGAGCGAUGUUAAACAGAAAAAAAAGAAAGGCUAUAAAGAAAUAAUUGCAGUUGGGAAAACAAAUACUGCAUUCGAGCCAGAUGUGUGACAUUCAAGAUCGCUUCCAUAACUAAGGAAGAUAUAAUAAAUAUCAACAUUUUGAUAGUCUUGUUCCUAUCCAGUGAGUUGCCAGAAACACAUUCACAUUUCUGAUCAGGAUUCUCUUGUCUGACCAGCACCAACUCUCAGGCAGCGGUGGGGACCUAGGGGAGGUAAUGUCACUGUAUUACUACUUAGGGGCACCAAGUAAAGAGGGUAAGGUGGACUGCCCUAUGUAUUACACAGCAGUGUGUAUUUUCUGUUCUCAGGGGUAUUUUUAAAAUCAGAAUUAAUUUUAAACUGAAUUGAUAUUUACAGUUCAAGCAAAACUAAAGCCAUAAUUAAAUACAUCUUAUUAUUGAUGAAGAUCAGAAAUACUGCAAUGUUUUAAUGUUAUUCACAUUGCUCAUAAUUUAUUAUUUUUGGCAGAACAUACAAUCUCUGUGUCAUACGUGACUAUACAUCUAUUUUUUCUUUAAAAUCCUUCAUUAAAGUUUUGCUCUCUAACAUGUAAAACAGCCAAGGGUUUUACAAUAUUUUUCUGAGCAGAUGAGAUGGGGGAGGAGAAUACAGGAUCUUUAAAACCUGUUUGCUCACCUCUGUUGACUAUUAUACAAUUUAAGCUCUGGCUGCUAUGUACAUUGUGGGUUUGUGAAGAUCGCCUGAAGAAUUAACCUUGCACAAACUGGAUUUUAAUUUUAAAUGAUGAAUCUUCCUGGCAGAGACAAUCUAUGCAAAAUUGUAAAACAUACAACUACUAAGUACUGUAGAAAGUACUGAUUGUAUACAGAAAUACAAUCCCAUAUAAUCCCAUAAAUGUAGCAUCUGAUAUUUUGCUUCCCUCUGGAAGGUAUAUUUUAAUUAUUUGCAUGGAGUGAUAUCAUGUAAUAAAUUAGUGUUCGUCAUGUUGCUUCAUAACUGUAACAAAGCCAUAUACAAAUCCGAAGUAUGAUUUUAUACUAUUUGGGUCAGUAUGAUUCUGCUAUAGCUUAGCAUUUACAUCGAUACCUUGUAGCUGAUUAUUAUCCACACUGCUAAUAAUGGGGGUCAUUCCGACCCGAUCGCACGCUGCACUUCUUCGCAGCCGUGCGAUCGGUUCGGAACUGCACAUGCGUGCGCCGGUGCAUGGCAGUCAUCGUUGCCUAGCGAUCGCCUCUGAAACAGAGGCGGUCGCUAGGCGGGAGGGGGCUGAAUGGCGGCGUUUAGCCGCCGUUUAGGGGGAGCGGUCCGGCCAACGCAGGCGUGGAGCAGGAGCUGCGCUGGCCGGGAGUUACUACUCAAAUACAAAGACAUCGCCUCUGUGCGAUGCUUUUGUAUUUGUGCGGGGGGGCCGGCACUGACAUGCGGGGCGGACUAGCCCUGUGCUGGGCGUCCCCCCGCAUGUCUGCGUUAAGGAUCGUAGCUGUGCUAAACUUAGCACAGCUACGAUCAACUCGGAAUGACCCCCAAUAACCAUAGACCCUAUGGAAGGUAACAUAAAUGUAUUGCACUUGUAGAAAAGAGGUAUAGAUUGACAUAAAAGUAAUUAAAGCAGCCAGUGUGUGGUGGGGUAUAUUGUUAUAGGUGCUUAAUCAGGGGCAUUUUUAAUAGUGGAGAGGGCCCUCCAUGCGGGACCCCUCAUCUCUGGCAGCGAGUAGAUUCUGGCUUUAUGCUAGCGUCUUCUGCACAUGCGCAGGUCUCUGGGAACAUGGUGUCUGCUUCUUGUUUUUGGGGACAUCGCUAUUGCGCUUGCACAAAUCAUUGGGAAAAUAGCCACGGUGACAACUUUCCCAGGGAUUUAGACCUGCAGCAGGACUCCGGAGGAGUAAGUAUAAAUAUAUGGGUGUGCGUUGUGGGCCCCCUGGGCCCUGCACCGCACACCUUGCACCCAUUCUAGAUACGCCUGUGAGCUUAAGUAUUUCAUGCUUGUCACAAGAAUCCUUAUGCCCCACCAAUGCUGGUAAUUAAUCUUUUACUCUGCACAUGUGCAGAAGCCUCAUUGACACAGAGACAGCGAUGUCACUCACAGGGCCUCAAAUGCAGCAGCACUGGCAUUUGGGGAGGCGAUGAACAGUGUUCCAGAAAAUAAGGGCGCUUCAGACCCUUUUCUUGGGGGGCUGUAGCAGCGUCCUCAGAUGCAGCUUCGCAGGCCCCAGUCAUCUUAAUGAACCUGAAGGUUACUCAGAUGUCUGAUUGUCAUGCAGUUUAUCGAUGCUGCUUCUACGGCACAGCAGCAGGGUAUCCGGACUCCAGGUC